AGUUUUCCCCCAAAUCUGUGUUCUUCCUCAUGAAACCGAAUCCUCCAGCUGUGGCGUCCCAGGCGCCCGCCCCUCGCCCGCCGCCUCCCUUGGCGCCCCUGUCCUCACCCUGCGCUGUCCGUGCACCGCGGACCCGCUGUCCCCAGCGCCUCUGCCCCUUGCCUUGAAGAUGAAGGUUUGGCUGCUGCUGGGUCUUCUGCUGGUGCACGAAGCGCUGGAGGAUGUCACUGGCCAACAUCUCCCCAAGAACAAGCGUCCAAAGGAGCCAGGAGAGAACAGAAUCAAGCCUGCCAACAAAAAGGUGAAGCCCAAAAUUCCUAAAAUAAAGGACAGGCUCUCAGCGGAUUCAACGCCAAAGACACCAUCUAUAAUGAUGCAAAUGAUGGAUAAAGGACGCUUCCAGAAGCCCGCUGCCACCCUGAGUCUGAUGGCGGGGCAAACGCUAGAGCUUCGAUGUAAAGGGAAUAAAAUCGGAUGGAGCUAUCCCGCCUACCUUGACACCUUCAAGGACACCCGCCUCAGCGUGAAGCAGCACGAGCGCUACGGCCAGCUGACCCUGGUCAACUCCACCGCGGCCGACACCGGCGAGUUCAGCUGCUGGGGGCAGCUCUGCACCGGCUACGUGUGCAGGAGGGAUGAGGCCAAGACCGGCUCCACCUACAUCUUCUUUACAGAGAAAGGAGAACUCUUUGUACCUUCUCCCAGUUACUUUGAUGUUGUCUACUUGAACCCGGACAGACAGGCUGUGGUUCCUUGUCGAGUGACGGUCCUGUCAGCCAGAGUCACGCUCCACAGAGAGUUCCCGGCCAAGGAGAUCCCAGCCAAUGGGACGGACAUUGUUUACGACGUCAAGAGAGGCUUUGUGUACUUGCAACCUCACUCCGACCACCAGGGGGUGGUCUACUGCAAGGCGGAGGCUGGGGGCAAGUCUCAGAUCUCCGUGAAGUACCAGCUGCUCUACGCCGAAGUUCCCAGGGGCCCCCCGUCCACAACCAUCUCGGCGUCGGCCAACAAAGUGAAAGGUGGGGAUGACGUCAGUGUCCUCUGCACUGUCCUCGGGGAGCCGGACGUCGAGGUGGAGUUCAGGUGGAUCUACCCAGGGCAGAAGGAUGAAAGGCCCGUGACGAUUCAAGACACUUGGCGGCUGAUCCACCGAGGACGCAGACACACCACCAGGAUCUCCCAGAGCGUCCUGACCGUCGAAGACCUGGAGACCAUCGAUGCCGGCGAUUACAUCUGCACGGCUCAGAACCCCCGAGGACAGACGACAGUAGCUACCACUGUUGAGUUUUCCUGACUUGGGAAGUGAAGUCUAACGGACUGAUGCAAAGCCCACGUGUGAACACAACUAGCUCCGGGGUUCUUCUGACUUCUGCUUUGCCUGAGGCCGAUGUCCAGCGCCAAACCCCAGGUCCUGCCUUGUGAGUCAGACCCAGACAUCCGAGCUAAACGGAAGUCACCGGGUCUAAUAACAGAAGUGUUAACUCCUCUAACAGAAAGCAUGUAUUCUGAUUGCUGACCUACGUAUAUGCACUUCUAGUUUUUAUACUAAGAAGGCAUAUAUGUAAACAAUGUCAUAUAAUCAUUUCUAUUAAAUGAGCAAGUUUUGUAAAAAAUAAAAAAUGGGCCAAGGGCUCGUUUUUAAAGUUGGCUUGACGCACAUCCAGGAGGACUUGUUGGCAGCAACGUUUGCAUCAAUACCUAACAUUCUAUUCGAUACAACAGCCACAGUGCAUGAGAAUCUAAAAAUGCAGUUUAUGUAGUUCAAUAAUAUAUGGACUUUGUAUCGUAUGAAGAUAUCAAAAACAUGUCAACUUUUCCUUAAACCGCUGUACUCAGAAGUAGUUCUAGAUUAGACAUUCAGAAAGAACCAGAGCAUGUAUUUUUAAAAGGUUAACUUUCAAGGUAAAAUUAGAUGCACCAAUCAAGGAAGAGUCAGCCUCAUUUAGGUUUUUUUUUCUUUACGAUCUUCAGAAGUAUUUAGACUGUAGCUAUUCCAAUUUUCUUACCUUGUACAGCAGAAAUGACACACGUAGCUUCAAAUUUAGAAAAGAAAACCUGAGUCUAGCUCCGUGAGCCAAAUUUCAGCCCAGGACCAAUGCUGUGGUUGCCUUGGGAAUUCUUGGGCAGUGGGUUAAGAGGCAGAGUGACGUUGGUUCCUGUGCUGUGAGAAGGGCUCCAUGCUGGGUAACACUUCGGAGAGUGACAUACGUCAGAGGAUGCAGAUCUCACGUUGAAUAUUCCAGCAUUAUUUAUUUGAUCAGAGUAAAAUACAUUAUCCAUCAUCACUACAAACUGAGCACAACUACAGUUGUUUACACAUCCAUACUUUUAUGACGUGCCCACAUUUUGCAUCCUAAGUGAAACAUUUGAUUUGAAAAUAAUCUUAACAUUCUGUUUUGUUUCCUAUCUUCUCUCCUGUUGUCUCCCAUUCUCUGAAGACACUUUAUAUUAAUUGUGUAAGAAUGAUUUCCCCAGACACCUCAGUGGCACGGAGGACAGCGGGGAAAGUACCAUGCUUAAGGGAUGCAUGGUAAACCCGACUCCGGCCAAUGACGUGGAGAACAACCUGGAAGGGUAAGCAGAGAGAGAGAUUCCAGGGGGUGGCAGUGAACCUACGUUCCCACUUAUCAGAAACAAACAUGGAAGGUUACACACAUAAUAAACUGUUGAAGGUUAAGGACUUCAGACACAAUCACUAGUAAAACAAAAACAUGCAUCAGGACUGUCAGUCUGCUACGUAGUGUACAUGUAAGUGAUGACUCGAAGAUCCACCUCUAGUGUCCUGAGUCUGUCCUUACUACAGGGGUUAUCUGUACAGCCGUCGAACGUCAGCAACGCCGAGUAGUAAAUACUGAGCACAAGGUCGACACACGCAGGCAGAGGAAGAAAAAGCCAUGGUUCUUCCUCCCUCCCCCCACCUCCCCGGAGUAUGAGAACUGGAGGAGGGAAUAAAUGAAGUUUUGGAAAGAAACUGAAAUGCAACUUGGAGAAGAGUUGUAUAAGCCACAUUUCCCCUCGUCGGCUGACCACUCCGCCACCUUCCCAAGGACAGGAGGACUGCGUCAAGGUGCACGGUAACUUAGUCUUAUCUCGCCAGACUUGCUGUUCUGUUAUCAAGGUGACCCCGCUCAUCAGUAAGCACUGAACCCUGUCUUUCUCAGUUCUGCCAGCCAGUGACUUCCUCAUUCUUCCAUCUCUCUAGGGUUUCCCAAAAUUUGCACUAUUGGAUCCAGGCCUUGGUUUAUUUGGAACGUGGUUCAGCACCCUGAAGAUGCGCUGGCUCCGGAAAAGCAUGUUCCUUGUCCCCGAGAAAAGCAGGAAGGAGGUAGAAGGUUGGCUUUUGUGGCACUGAAGGGGGGAGAAAGGAAAAGACAGGAAAUGGGAAUAGUGGGAGAGAAGACAGUUUAAAUCACUGAGGAUAGCUCAGAUCAAGGUAAAAAUAAGGCAGAAGGAAUACCGUUCGUACUGCCCUUUCUUUAUACAGAUUUUUAAAAGCAAAAUUAGGAUUCUACAUAUGCUUAUAGCCUGAGGAAAUGGAUUGUAGUAUUUUAGGUUCACAUGGGUAAGUUAAAAAAAAAAUCUAGCUAGUUUCAACUGACAUGGCUGGACACUGAGAGGC